AAUCAUAACAAGCUUGUCCUUUUCUGCCAUCAUGGCGAAUCCACGGAAGUUCAGUGAAAAAAUAGCAUUACACAAUCAAAAACAAGCAGAAGAAACUGCUGCUUUCGAAGCAAUAAUGCGGGAUGUAACGCCUGUUACGAAGGUCCCGUCGAUGCAAAAGCAGCAUCUUCAACUCCAACAAAACAUAAGUACACAGUAUAGAGCCGGGUCCUUACCAAAUGUCAACCAGAUGGUGGCAAAUUCCGGUAUAGAUCUACAGAGUGCAUUUCAGCAUUUGGAUGAUUUGAGACAGAUGCCAAACCGGAUGGACAGUAGAUUCCAUGCAGUCAGAGACAAGGGGAGACCACUCGGUCCACACAGACGAGGAUUUCCAAUAGAUAAAGCAAGGACAAAUUGUUCCCCUUAUGGUUCUGCGUAUUUGUCACCACCACCAGACACCAGUUGGAGGAGAUUAUUCAGACACCUAAAUGGUGCAAAUCUUCCACGAACAAAUUCCGAUUCUGCCAUACAUACCAGUACAAUGGGGCCUUCAGACUUGGACCAUAUGGGCAGCCCUACAACACCUCCAGCUCAUAGAAGAAUUCUUGAAGUGGUUGGAGGAGACAAUGUACAUGGUGAUCCAAUGAAAAAUUACUGGGAUGCUAAAAAGUUACAGUCCAGACCCAAAUCAUGUGAAGUACCUAACAUUAACAUUUAUCCAACAGAAGAAGAAAAUCAUAUAGGACAAAUGACUCACCUUCCAAUCACCAGUAAUACUGGUUCAUUGCCAGAUUUAACUGUAGUCCAUUUCCAGUCACCUCUUACAACACCAAUUGAUGCUGAAGAAGCUUAUGGCUGUUCUCAGGGAAAUCUUUCUCCCACAAGUGCUCACAUGCAGGGUAUGUGCCCUCAGCCUGGUAGUCCUACACAACAGAGCCCCAACCAAAGGCGAAGGCCAGGUGGCCAUCCUAGUCCACUUGUGUUGAGUGGUGGACCUCAGUCUCCUCAAAUGAGAAUGCCACACUCUCCACCAGGCAGUGUUGUGAACCCUGACCCUACACAACUGCCGCUGGAUCCCCGCAUUAGGCAGCAGCAAUUAUUGUACCACCUUCAGCAGCAGCAGAGGCAUGGAGCCUCCCAACACCCCAACCCCCAAGUAUCUCAGUCACACCCAUCUCCUUCAUCCAAUCAUAUACAGCAGGGGUCUAGGGUGCCACAAGUUUGUGUAACUGCAUGUGACCAAAAUGAUACCGAGCCAUCAUUAUCCCACUAUAGAAACAGUGUUUCUGAUUCCAACUGCCAAUCGCCCACAUCACCACGGUCUCAAACAUCAUAUUCUCCUUCACAGUCACCUGGUCUUACGCCGUCAUGGAAUAGUAAUUCACCGUUUGUAGAUAAUUUUCAGCUUCAGCAGCAACAACAUCAAACAAAUGCGUUACAACAUCAGUUUGAACAAUUUAACAUGUCACCUGAUAACCAUUACAAUACAAUAGAAACAUCAUUACAUCAGAAUGGAAUAUCACAGCAGAAUUCUAUCAUAAUGUCACAGGCCAUGGGCUUACAUCAGCAGCAACAGCCCUCGUAUUUCCAUCCUCAGCAAAUAGACUUAAUUAAUCUUAACUCCUCACGGAGAGGAAUCAAUUCUGCUCAACAUAUGACUAACCAUCAUAAUCAUCAUCAUCAUCAGCAAAAUAAUGACAAAAUACCAGAAAUAAUAUUUACAGACCACAGAACUGGCAAUGAAGAAGUCAGUUUAGAUGAUAUAUCCACUAAUGCAAUGUUUGAUGGUGGAUUUAUAAUCGGGGAACAAGGCAUUUGGGUACAGUCACAAAAACAAGGUGCUGAUGAUUAUACGAAACAACAAGAUUUUGCUAAAGAAUUAGGAAAUGCUAUAACUGGAAUGCCCGAUGGAUUUGAUACGGACCUUUUUCCUUCUGUUGAAGCUUUAAAAGCUGGACUUGACCCAUUAGAUUUACAAGAAUUGCAGUUGCUAUCGGAUCCAAAUAAUUUAACUGAUCCAGCUACUGAAGAAUCAUUCAAACUUGAUAGAUUGUAGGAUGCCAUCACUUAUUCUUCCUUGUGUGAUGACCAAGAAGAGAACCUUUAUAUUUUAUUUUGGUGAUCUGAAAGCUUAUGACAUUCCAUCCUUAUUUAAUGUAAACCAACUUCAUUUUAAUGAUAUUGUCAUUACUGUUAUAAAUUGUAAUGGAGAAAGCAUUUAACGUGGGCAUUAACUGAGUUAUUGUUUGAUGACCAUUUAUAUCUACCUUUUUGUCUCUGUUGCAUGUCCUAGUAAAUUUGGAUAAUUUACUUUUUCGGUAAAAAAAGGUUGAAUGGUCCAAAUAAUAAUACCAUUGAAAUGUUUCUCUUUCAGGGUAAUAAACAUAUUCAAAUAGGCUUUUUUACAACAAAAAAAAGAGUGAUAAUUAUUUGAUGGCAUUGAAUUAAGUUGAGAUAUUAUUUUAAGAAAGCCAAGCAGCGAUACACAAUUUCCAUUUCUAAAACAAACUGUUAAGCCCAUGAUCAUAGAUACAGAGCUUUGAAAUUUUGUGUUUUAUUGUGAUAUUUUAAUUUCAUCUUUGAUCAUGUGAUAAAUAUAUUUCUUAACAUUUUGUUGUAGAAAAGGAAUACUUUUGUAACAGUUAAAAACAAAUACGUAAAAUGUUCAAGGUUUUAAGCUGAAUAAUGCUUUUGAAGUUUUAGAAUGUGAAAAAAAUAUGAAUUGGUAUCUGAUUUAUUAUAAAAGGAAGAAGAUGUUUCCAUAGAAAUGAUUUUAAAUUGUGAUGAACUUGGAUUAUAUUUGACCUUGACGGAUGAAGUUGGUUUAUAUUUGACCUUGACAGAUGAAGUUGGUUUAUAUUUGACCUUGACUGAUGAACGUGCUGGAUACUGUGCUGUUUGUUAAGUAUUACUGUUAUGUUUCUCGUUAAUUGUUUGAUCAAAGUUUAUUUGUCAUUUUUGUUUUGCAAUAGAUAGCUAGUGGUUGAGAAAGGGAUUUUAAAAAUCCCUUUCUGUGUAUAAAAAAGUACAGUAAAUCUUAUAUGACAUGUACUUUCUAUAUCUGACGCAGCGUUUUUAACUUUAAUGAAAUGGCAUGGUAACACUACAUAUUGUUUUGAAUAUUAUCUAAGUAUUAUAAAGCUAGGAUUAUGACAUCACAAUUUCAUAUUCAAAUUAUUAUUACUAUAAUAUCAUGUAUAUCAAAGUUUUAGUAAGGACUGACAAUUUUGUUUAAUGAAUUGAGGCUGAAAAGCCACUUUAGAGAGUCUUUUCUAUUUGUUGAAGCAAAUUGAUACAAAUUACUAAAGCCCUAGCCAAUUUUGACGAAAAUGUGGCAAAAGCACUGGUGAUAAGAUCACUCAUUGAAGUGUUUGACAAUGUAAAUGAUUUGAAUUCUAAAUACUUAGUACUUAGUGUGACAUGGAUAGAGUAAUUUGGGGAAUUCUGAUAUUUUGUUCUUAUUCAAGACUUUGUAAACAUGAUUUUAAUAUUUUGGGACAAUGCAUAUUUGCUGUAAAUCUAGAUAACAAAAAGUACUUUUUUGAUAGUUGAAUUGCUGUAGAAAAGUUUGUAUGUCAUUACUUCUGACACAUUGUAAUAGCUUUACAUAAUGUGAUACCAUGAAGUUAAGUUGUCAAAACAACAUGUUCUUUCAUUUUCGUAUGGUUUAAAACUGAAUUUUCAUUGCUUUAAGAUAUGAAAUACCAUUAAUAAAUUCAAUUUGGAUUACUUUUGAAUAAAAAAAUACAUUUAAAUUUUGAUUCACAGUAUAAUUUGCUAUCUCGAAAUACAAAGGCAAAAGUAACUAAAAAAAUUUUUUUUUUUUUUUUUUUCUUUUUGAGUUUCUAGAAAUUCUGAAUUUGAUAUAGUCUGAAUUGGUAUUUACUUGUGAAAAUUUGAAUUGCAGGCUUUACAGAGAAUUGACGGCUUUAUUUAUUUCACAUGGGUCAGAUUCUAUUAUGGCUUAAAUGAAUUUUCAUUCAAGCAUUGAUCUAAAUGGCAGCGUUUAUCUAUAAAAACUUUGUUUUAGUAAUUGUAAAUAUUUAUUCUAUGUACAAGUUGGUAGGUUUAUAUCAUAAAUUCUGCAAUACAAAUAUCAGUAUAUAAAUCUGCUGUGUAAGCAGAAUCAAAUUGUGAGUGUGAAUGCCAUACCCAGUAAAGCUUACAAGUGCUAUAUGUGUGAAAACUGUCCAUUUAUACUAUAGAUCAUAACACAAAAUUUUGGUAGGAUCUUCUUAAUGAAUUGUAAAGCAUAUAUGUAUUUUGAUCUGGAGAAAAAAAAUGUUAAUACCAAACAUUGUGUUGGUCUGCUUCUGUCAAAUUGUAUCUGUCAUAAUUAAAGGACAUUACGAAGACCAAGGGACUUCAAACCUAUAUACAUUAUAUAGAAAAAUUAGUCAUUUACCGUGCUGAAGUUUAUCAAGGAUGAGCAACGUUUGAAAUUUUGAAACAAUGUUGAACAUACAUCGUUGUGAAUUUAGUUAUCAGAUGGUUAGUUUUGGUCAGAUUCCUUUAGAAAAAGCUAAUGUUUAACAUACAUCCUUGUGAAUUUAGUUAUCAGAUGGUUAGUUUUGGUCAGAUUCCUUUAGAAAAAGCUAAUGUUUAACAUACAUCCUUGUGAAUUUAGUUAUCAGAUGGUUAGUUUUGGUCAGAUUCCUUUAGAAAAAAGCUAAUGUUCAACAUACAUCCUUGUGAAUUUAGUUAUCAGAUGGUUAGUUUUGGUCAGAUUCCUUUAGAAAAAAGCUAAUGUUUAACAUACAUCCUUGUGAAUUUAGUUAUCAGAUUGUUAGUUUUGGUCAGAUUCCUUUAGAAAAAAGCUAAUGUUGAACAAAUAGAUGUAACACUGAAUAAUCUUUUAUGUAAGUAGGAUCAGAUCUAUGAAGUACAGUAAACUGUAAGUGCCAUUCCUUAGAUUAUAGCAUGCAUUAAAUGAAUGAAAUCUAUAAUAUUGAAUUUUAUUUUUAUCCAAGACUAUUUAUGGGACAUAAAAGAUUUUAACAAUAUUUUUUCAGAAACAUCUCCAUCUUAAUAUAAUGAGAUUUUGAAUAUUACUAAAAAAAAAAAAAUUUAGAGAUGGAUGUAAAUUUUGGUUUUAAGGAAUUCAUUGCAUUUGUAGUAAAAAAAAAAUGUGAUUUAAGUAUUGUUGAUAAUGAGUGUUGGGUAUUUUAUGGUAUAAAUGGACAUAUAAGUAGUCUGCACUGUGUACAUAGUUUAUGUCUACUUCAAUUAUCUAGUCACAGUACUUAAUAUACUAACAGAGCACACAAAACACUUUAGUAGAUAAGGCCAUUUCAAAAUAAUAUUUGUCUUGAAAAGCAAAUAUGGAAACUUAUUUCUGCAAAUAUCUUAAAAUAUUUGAUUUUUGAGUUGAAAUCAUAUAUUUCUCUGACAGGAAAGAAGUAAAGUAAAAGUGGUCAGUUGUUAAUUGUUAAAAUGAAAGUGCAAUAUUGUUUGAGGACCAAGUUUGUUUUAUGAAUAAAGAUGCCAGCAUAAGGCCAUUUUACUAAAGAUGCAUCAUGAAAAUGAUAAGACUCCUGUCAAAAUAACAAAGUUUGCUUGAGUGAAAUAGAAGGGUAAAGGUAGUUUUGUUACAGGGAGAAGUCUUGAUAAAGUUGAAAAAAAUCUGACUAAUUUGCUUGUUUAAUCAUUGUGAAAAGUUUAGAAAGUGGGGGCUGCAAGGACAGAGGUAGAAAGUUUCUGACCCAUUUCUUCCUUUAGUUCAGGCCAUAAAACAUUUACAUAAUUCAGAUAAUAUGGGAUCUCCUCAUAGGCAAAAUCAUCUGAUAACUCAAGGUUUUGUGUGUCUCGUUUGUUUUAUCCUCUAAUAUAUUGGUAAUUUUAGUUAGAUUAAAUUAAAACAAUUUUUAGUGCUUAGUAAUUUUUACAUACAAUUACUUUCACAGUAUGCCAUGUUACGGCAUGAAGAAUGUGUGAAAAUAUUUUGCCUUCAUUUAUUGUCCAUUUUGUUAAUCUUACCAGUUAAAGGACUGAUCCGUGUUUAUUACUUGAAAAAUUUGUAAAUUGUAAUGUUUUUUCAUAAGUAAUUUGUCUAAAUUAACAUAACAUAAAUUUCAUUUGUACAAAUGUAAAUUAAGAAUCAUGAUAUUACAUUUUCAUUACAUAUUGCUCAUUAAUGGUGAUGCUGAAUAUCAUUUCUUCAUUUGAUGUCCCUCUAAAUGUGCCCUUGUAGACUGUUAAUGUGAUCCCGAUAGCUAUAUUUAUAUUUCUUUAUUGAACACAGCUGCCUUUUAGUCUAUUUUAUCUUAUUAUUCAAUUUUUAAAAGACUUGUUUUUUGUAUUUAUACUAUAAUUAAUAUUUCUUUAAUUUUCAAUUCACCUCAACAAAGCUGAAGGAGAACUUUUUAAGUACCUUUGACAUCAGUGUAUGCUUGCAUCUUCACAGCCAACUAAAAGGGAGAUUAUCUUGUAAAUUUGCAUAUAAGGAAGCAAAAUGUAUUGAAAGAAGGUUAUGAGACUAGUAUGGUUCAAUGUCCAUCUUGAUAUCUCAGUAACUAAAAGUAAUGAGAUUACUCAAAGUGUGUAAACAUGCAUUUUGGAGUUUCAAGUCAGCAUCCAGUCGACAGUGGGUUUCUGUUACCUACUUUUCAUGCUUCAUUGACUUAGUAAAGUUGUAUAUCAGCAUCAUAUCUUGACACCUAUAAGUAAGAGGAUCAUCUCAAAUUGUUAAGCAAUUCACCUUUGUGAGUUUUUCAGCCUUCAGACAAUAAAAGGUCACUCUGACCUAUAGUAUAUACUUUAUAGACUUUGGUUAGGUUUUACAUCCAAUUUCAUAUUGCAUUGUCCUUAUGAAGUAGGACCAUUCAUUCUUGUAUUGAGAUUGGUCUUGGGUAGUAACAUAGCAUUCAGUCAAAAUGAAUAUUGAGACAAACUUUGUAAUCAUAGAUUACCUAUGUUUAUAUGUGUGUACAAUUCCUUUUUAUGACAUAUACAAUGAGUUUUAAAUGGCACUGAUGUAUUUUCUUUGUUAAAUUGUUAAAAGAACAAUCUAUUAAUGAUACCGGUAAAAAAACUUUUGUUUCAUAUUGCAGUUUACAUUUAUAAUACAAAUUCUAUUUAUUUUUGUUGUUAUUUAUAAGAGUUUAUUAGAUAACAAAUAGCUAUAGAAUUACACAUAUUGUGAUGAUAUGAUAUGAAUUACAAUCCAUGACAAAAUGACCUGUUAUUAAGAGACAGGUGUGAUAAGGGACAAACUUGUAGACUUGGUUGGUAAAGGCAAAUAUAUGAAAUUACUUUAAACAAAAUACAUUCUGCUUGCUUUUAAGGGGUUGAAAAAAUUUUCAAUGAAGUAUCCUUUAAACAGUUAGGUCAAUCAUCAAAAUUCUAACAAAGGAAAUGAUUUGGAUCAACAGUAUUAGAUUCAUUUAAUUACCAGUUUUUAGGGAAACGAGUAAAUAAUAUUGUGAUUAAUUUUGGAGAACUGAAAGGUAGUUUCAAACUUGAUAUUCUUUUUCAGAAAGUAAACCGUAACAACAGGACAAUAUGACCUGUCAAUUUUCAUGUACAAUAUAGUUUUAGUUUCUUAACUAUUAGAGAUUGUCUGUCCUCAGAAAUACACUUAUAAACAAACUUAAUUAAAAAGUUUAAAAAUUCAAGUAAUCUGUUCAUAUUUUUAUUACAAUCUCACUUGGACUAUUUGAAAGAAUGUAUUUCAAUUUCAGACUUCAAAACAAUUUUUUUAUUCUUUUUUUUAAAACUUCUUAUGGUUUGAUAUAUAAUUUGUUUUAAUUAAAAAUUACAUGACUGCUACUUAAUUUCAUCAUCACAUGUCAUUAAACUACAUGAAAACCAGUCACAAAAAUAUAAUAUUUCACUGUUCCAUUGAUGCAUUCAUUAAGAUUUAGUAGUUUUAUAUUCGAAAGGGAAAUAUGUAGAUUGAGAUCUCCUUAAUCCAAAAUAGUAAACAUCUUUGAUAACAUUACCAAUGUUUAUGCUUCUUUUCCUUUCCAAAAGUUUUGGAUUGUUUUUUACACACCAUUUUUUGAGUCUGAUGGUUUUACCAUUAGUAACUAAUUUAAUGAUGAUAAACAAGGAUAAAAUGAUUGCCUUUCUUCCAACCCUGUCAUGAAAAAUGUAUUUUUUGUGUUGCUGCUGAUUCACACUGUAGCACAAGAUUUUUUACUUUUUUUGAUUUUAUGAAAUUAUGGUUUUCUUCAUGUAAGAUUAUGUUGACUAUGACAAUAGUAUUUUUCUAGAUUUUCUUCUAGUUGCUAUAGAAUUUCAAAAUAUGUAUAAUUACUUUAAUCACAGAUUUAAAUUUUUAUUUAUUAAAGUUCGAUGUGAAAGCAUUCAAAUCAAAAUUAGUGUUGUAAAUUUUUCACGACAUUUAAUCAUAUAAGCAUUGGUUAAAAGCCAUGAAGUAAGACCAUCUAUGUCAGAUUUACUGUACCUAGCUUAAAACUUAUUUUGGUUGUUUUGUUUUUUUAAAGGAACUUUUCGUAUUUUGCUUUUCAGUGUUCCUUAUAUAAAUAUUCCAUGGCAAAAUUAUAAGUUAAACCAAUCCUAUUCUCUGUACACAUUUUAAAAAUUAAUGGGGAAUAAAACAAAAUUUGGCUAGAUGGUCAAAAAGACCCAUUUUUUAAAAAAAAAAACUUUCAAUUGCAGGUAGCUGUGUUCUGAGGCUGCAUUAGAUUAUAUCUCUGAUUCUUGUAUUCAUAUGAACAAACAGAUUCUAUUUUAUUUCAAAGUACUUAUUUUUUGUUCUAUAUUGACUUUGUGAUAAUUUAUAAUAUUAUAUUUGUCUUUUUAUGGAUAUGUAUAUGUAUAAAAAUCUAUUUUUCUGUUGAAAAAAUCUAAUCUUAAUCUACUUGUACCGGUAAACCGAAUGAAAUAUGUACUGAGAAGAUGAUAAUAGUGUUUACUUUUCCCAUACAAUAUUUCAGAAUCGUAGCUAAUUUAGUAUAGCCUUUUCAUGUAAAUACAUCUUUUGUAUGUAUGUCCAAUCUUUUUUUAGUCCGGCUUAUUACCGUUGUAAAGAGGGAUUCAUCACUGUUGUCAUCUGUUUGUCACAUGACCGUUGUCCAGGCAUCGAGACUUCUCGUUAAACUGGAAAUAAAUAUGUACUUACAUUUUGAUUUCUUGUCUUAUUUGUCACAUGUUCAAUAGAUAUAUCUAUGAGUAAAAUUACACAGAAUCUUUUUUAGAUCUGUUCUGUAAACAGUUCAAGGCAUGUCCACUUAUUAAAUAAUAAUCAAUAAAUGUAAUUGAUCAAAUUUUACUAAAUAAGAGCUAUAUUUUAUUUUUAUUGUAAACUACAGUAAAUUUGAACCCCUUUGAGCUUUGCAAGUUUUGCAGGAUAAGUUAUUAAGCCAGUUUACCCUCUUAAUUUUCAGAAGUCAUUUAAAUAUAAAGGAAUCAAAAUGUG